GAAGUAGCGUGUUUUUAUAAGAGCUCAUCUGUAGCUCCGCGGCUCGUUUGGCAGUUGGUUGUUUUCUCGAUAGCCGCCCGGGGUUCCUUCUCGUCGCCGCCGAACUCCGCCACUGAAGCCUGUCAUUACAGCGGCACACCAGGCGGUUUACAGAUUACAGAUGGACCAGCAGGACCAGUCCUAUAUGUUUGCCAGUCUGAAGCGGCCUCACUCGGAGCAGUUGCUGCAAGGCCUCCAGCUCUUGCGGCAGGAUCACGAACUAUGUGACAUUGUCCUGCGUGUGGGUGAUGCCAAGAUCCAUGCUCACAAAGUAGUGCUGGCCAGCAUCAGCCCAUACUUCAAGGCCAUGUUCACGGGUAACCUGUCGGAAAAGGAGACCUCCGAAGUGGAAUUCCAGUGCAUCGAAGAGACGGCCCUGCAGGCCAUUGUUGAAUAUGCCUACACUGGUACAGUGUUUAUCUCCCAGGAGACGGUGGAAUCACUGCUGCCGGCCGCCGACUUACUCCAGGUGAAGCUCGUCCUUAAGGAGUGCUGUUCCUUCCUAGAGAGCCAGCUCGACGCUGGAAACUGUAUAGGCAUCUCCCGCUUUGCAGAGACGUACGGCUGUCAUGACCUGUGCUUAGCCGCCACCAAGUUCAUCUGUGAGAACUUUGAGGAAGUUUGUCUCACGGAGGAGUUUUUCGAACUGACGAGGGCAGAGUUGGAUGAAAUUGUGUCCAAUGACUGUCUCAAGGUGGUCACAGAGGAGACUGUGUUUUAUGCCCUGGAAUCUUGGAUCAAAUAUGAUGUGACUGAGAGACAGCAGCAUCUGGCUCAGCUGCUGCACUGUGUCCGCCUUCCGCUACUCAGCGUCAAAUUUCUCACUCGCCUAUAUGAAGCCAACCACCUUAUACGAGAUGACCACGCAUGUAAGCACCUGCUCAACGAGGCCCUCAAAUAUCAUUUCAUGCCUGAGCACAGGCUCUCCUAUCAGACUGUGUUGUCAGCACGGCCACGGUGUGCCCCGAAGGUGCUGCUCGCGGUAGGAGGCAAGGCUGGGCUGUUUGCAACACUAGAAAGCAUAGAAAUGUAUUUCCCAAGGACAGAUUCCUGGAUAGGACUGGCGCCUCUCAGUGUACCCCGGUAUGAAUUUGGAGUGGCAGUGCUGGACCACAAGGUGUAUGUGGUGGGAGGCAUCGCCACACACAUGAGACAAGGCAUCAGCUAUCGGAGGCACGAGAGCACAGUGGAGAGCUGGGACCCCGAAAGCAACACCUGGUCCUCGGUGGAGCGCAUGGCCGAGUGCCGCAGCACGCUCGGCGUUGUGGUCCUGGCGGGCGAGCUGUACGCCCUGGGGGGCUACGACGGCCAGUAUUACCUCCAGUCGGUGGAGAAAUAUGUCCCGAAGUUGAAGGAGUGGCAGCCCGUGGCCCCCAUGACCAAGUCCCGCAGCUGCUUUGCCACGGCGGUGCUGGAUGGAAUGGUGUACGCUAUCGGAGGCUAUGGACCCGCCCACAUGAACAGCGUGGAGCGGUACGACCCCAGCAAGGACGCCUGGGAAAUGGUGGCCUCCAUGGCCGAUAAAAGGAUCAACUUUGGAGUAGGCGUCAUGCUCGGCUUCAUAUUUGUGGUGGGUGGACACAACGGCGUGUCCCACCUGUCGAGCAUUGAGAGGUACGAUCCACAUCAGAACCAGUGGACAGCCUGCCGGCCAAUGAAUGAACCUCGCACUGGCGUGGGCUCUGCCAUCGUUGACAACUACCUCUAUGUGGUGGGAGGUCACUCCGGGUCGUCCUACCUGAACACCGUCCAGCGCUACGACCCCAUCUCAGACAGCUGGUUGGACUCGAGCGGCAUGAUGUACUGCCGUUGCAACUUUGGUCUGACCGCCCUUUGACCCAUGGCCCAGCCGGCUCGGACCCAAUGAGCGGACACAAGCAAGGUUUCUUUUCUUUUCUGCUCCUCCCUCCCCGCAUUCAUCCUCCAAGUGCUAAAGAGCGCUUGCACGCCAACGUGACCGCCACAGGAGAGCGGGAGAUAAAUGGCGAGCCUGCUGGUUGGUUGGAUGGAUGUGAUGUGCUGGCUGAGGGGGCCACACGGACAUGGCUGCAGGGAACAGAACAGGGAGGGAGACGAUUGGCCGGCGGUUGUCACGGGCACGAGGAGACGCUCCACUGCUGCUGCUCCAAUGAGGACACUGAGCCAUUUCCCUGAGAGACUCUGGGAGGAAACCAGUCACUUUUGUUUCAAAAGUUCUGUUAAGUUAGCAGAUAUUAUUUUGUUUUCCUUCAUGCCAUUAAUUGUGUUUAACACAAUUAAAAAUAAGAAAAAAAAAUGAUUUCCCUGCUGCAGCUGGAACCGUGUGUUCAGAUUUUGUAGAACACCGUGUGCGUGUGUGUGUGUGUGCGUGUGUGUAUGUAUGUGUGUGUGUUCUGCAUCAAAAUCAGUGCUUCACAAAAAAAAGAGAAGUUGAAAUCUUUAUAUUUUCAAAAAGGGCUGCUUUUUCUCUAGUGUAAAUAAAUCUAAAUAGAAAUAUAUAGAUAUUAAUAUAUCCUCUAGUGCAUUGCCUGUACAUGUUUUUCUGCACUGGGUCACUAGGGAGUGGAUGUCUUUGUAGUUUGAGUCCCACGGGUCAGCGUAGAGGUGAGUGACACGUUCUCCUGGGAGAGAUUGCCACCAGUUUCUGCUUCAUCCUCGGAGAAAUAUAAAAAAAAAAAGAAGGAAAAAAAAAUCCCCACUUUCGUGCUUCUGUUACAUUUUCCGAAGGUCGGGUCAUACACCUGCUACUCCUUCACAUUAGUGUAACUCUACGGUGGCCCUCUUUUCACCCUUUGGUCUGCAUACACUACCAACUGGUGCUAUAUUUAGGAUUCAGGAUUCAGCUCUUUGUCUGUGUUGCCUCCAUCCAGCUGCUGUGUGAGACGUUCCCUAUUCGAUCCCUCCCGAGCUGGAAAACCCAGGAGGAAACUGACUUGUAAUUGCGUGACGGUUAAUGGCCAAACCAUGCAAUAAAACUGAAAGGGAAGCCUGUGGUCGUGGAAACCACCAACUUCUCUCCUCCAUUAAUGUCGAAAAAAGUCUAAAAACCAGCUCGGACUGGUUUUAAUUAAUACAUUUUUCUUCAGAAAAGCCCAGUAAGCGAUCGCCCUUCCUCACGUGGACCCCGUGGCUGGAUAUGAGCAUGCAUUGUCAUUGUCUUAAUUCCUGUUACACUGUCGCUCUGUCUAUUCAUGUAUUUAUUUAUUUUGCCCGGGAUUGACCCCUGCUGUCGAACAUGUGACCCUCCUGUAGCCCCGGGCCUUACCUGAAAUGUCGCAGCUUGAUUUGAAGUGCCAAAACGUGCAUCUUUCCCACCAUCCAGUGCUACAAACGGCUUCCUUCGAGUGCCACAGUUCAAACUAACAGACAGCGCUGGGAGGGGGGAGGAGGCAGGGGGGGGGGAUCUUGUUUAGUCACUCAAUGUUCAGGUCUAGUUUGAGUUGCUCUCUGCACUGACGUUUGCAACUUUAACCAGGCUCUGCAUUGCACUUACCAAACCAUUUGAUACAUCUUGUAGUUUGUACAUGUGUUUUCAUUUAGGUAAUGCAAUAAGACUUCUGUUUUCUCUGUGGAUGAAUAUGUACGUGUUUGUCUUUUUUCUUUUUAAAGAGCCAAGGCAUCUCACAUUGCUGUAACUAACAUGGCAUGUCUGUAGAGGGUGACGUCCCACCAGGCGGCGUGUGGUGGUGUCCUGCAUGCCGGGGGUCAUUCGUGCGAGGCCCAUGUGUUUUUUUUCCCGGUAGCUUCCGACGGAUUGUGCACAAUCAUUGCAUUCAUUUAUAAUUAAUGGCCAAAAAGGUUUUUUUUCUUUUUCUAAUUCAGCUUUUUCCACCUGCUAUAUAAGUGUUGUGGACAUUGGACACGUCGAUUCUGUCGAACUGUGCGUGUUUUAAACAUUGGGGAAACCGUUACUACACAUCGGAACUCGUUUGUUCAGGAUUUAACUGUUGAGACAUUUCAUUUGUUUUCAUCACAAUGUCGAGUAGACUUCUGAUUUCUAGUUUAUUUAGAAAGAUUAACACGUGAGCAACCAAAACAUUUCUGCAAAUGUGUCAUUUUGUCAUGAAUAUGACUUUUAUUGUAUUUAUAAUUUGUACUGUUUGUGUCCUGUAACCUCAUUUUGUUAAAAGUCUCAUCCUAAGUUUUGUUAAUCACUCGACAGCACAAAUCACGCAGGCGUAAUGAUGUGCUGCAGCCACGAUUCACUUCACCCAUCAGCAUCUGUGUCACGUACAGUCAUCAUUUGUAAAGGUGGAGAUUCAUUACUAAUUUGAUUCAUUUUUUUUUUUUUUUUUUUUUUUUUUUGGAGCGAUGCUGAUUUAAAAUCUGCAAACGUGGAUCUGCAAAAAGAAGGGAUGUUAUAUAUUGAGUUUGUAUGCUUUUUCAUUAUGGCCUAACCAAUGUUGUGUUUCUGCCACCACUUUCACCAAAGUGCUCGUUCAAAGAAAGCAGACGGAGGACUAGCACCUGGCCUGCAGUGGACUGCCACUGAUGUUUGUGUCAGGGAGAGAAAAUCCUUUUUGAAAUUGAUGUCAAUGUUCGCCGCAUAACCACUCUGCUUCUUUUCCAUUUCCCAUUGUGUGUCCGGAGUCAGGUGACCAUCUUGAAUUUUAUAUCCUGUGGAUUAAUACUGGAAGUACAAGAUGACCUUAAGUGUAGAAACCGUAGCUUUUCACCUUUUAUCAUGUUUUUUGAUUGAAGACAUUUUACAUUCUAGUCAGUCUGUGUGGUGCAGUUGUACCCAGUUUAAAAUAAAUGCCUGCCUUAAAAGGUA